GAGGCAUUACAGGAUACAGGGGGAAACCACGAACAGGAAUCGACGGCCAGGCGCGUUCUGCGAUCUAAAUAACCCGAUAGAUAAUACGUGAGCCACAAACAGAAAUCAUUAGCUUGACAAGCUAAAAACCUAUCACCACAAGCAAGUGUAAGGCUUGAACAGAAUCAGCGCACUGGUUUAUUCAUUCAAAUCAAUAACGAUGGGACUAAAAGGUUAUUUAAAAUGCAUGUGCUAUUGCAUCGGCGUAUUUGUUUGUCUGUAUUGGGGAAUUGGAUUAUCAAGGACCAAGGAAGACUCUUUAAACCAAACUGACCACACAGCUCAACAACCCAAACAUCAACAGACAGGCUUGAAUAACAAAACGUCCGGAUUAGUUGGUUUAAAGCAAUCAGAGGUGUCUACCAAAAAUGUGAAACCAUUUCAUGAAGAAGCCAAACAGAUAACUAACCAUUUCAAGCACAAGUCAAUGGGCUAUUCUUUGCCACCAACGUUAUUGAAUGGGAUAGAUAUGCUUCCGAAGAUAAUGGCCUUCUUUACAAUGAACGCAUCUGAUCACAGAGAUCGGUAUAUAAAUCUGCACCAGUUUGUGUACUCCCUUAACCCCAGUGUUUGUUCAAAUACAAGCGUAUUCUUGAUAUUAGUAAUACAGUCAGCUACGGGGAAUGCAAUGAAGAGAGAACUUAUUCGAAAAACAUACGGCUCAGUGGCCAAAUACAAGGGCAGGACACUGGCCCAUGUUUUCAUGUUGGGAACAACUAAUGACGACAGGAUCCAAAACUCAAUCAUCAACGAGAGCAAGCUUUAUGGAGAUAUUGUCCAAGGAAACUUUCCUGAUAUUUACAGAAGCUUAUCUCGGAAGUCUGUAAUGUCAAUGGAUUGGUAUUUACGCCACUGUAAUUCCUCAUAUAUAUUAAAGAUGGACGACGAUGUUUUCAUCAAUCCUUACCGUGUUGUUGACUUUCUUACUGGUGGUCACCUUGACCAGAGAACAAUGUACUGCACAAUAAUCACAGGAUGUAAGCCAAAUAGGGAUUCAACCAAUAAAUGCUACAUUUCUUACAAAGAAUAUCCUUUCAAUAUCUACCCUUCAUUUUGUUUAGGAUAUGCAUACAUCACGACUCCCGGAGUUUGGCACUUGAUGCAUGAAGUAUCAAAGAACAGCAAAUCUCUGCAUGUGGAAGAUGUUUUCGUUAGUACUGCGCUGGCAAUAAAAGCUGGAGUACAAAAAGUAGACUUUGGUAAAAUAAUAUUCGAUUGGAGGUAUCACACGGAGGACCUGAAUAAAGAGACACUUCAAAAGAAGGCAAUAGUCUUUGACAAGAGAAACAAAUAUGGCAACCAGCCUUUUACCUACUGGGGUCUUAUAAAGGAAGACUAAGACCCACGAAGAACGUGUAAUGGUUCUAACAAAUGCCAGACUUUCAGAAGACUUUUCUAAUUUUACUGUUUGUACAUUCCAGUGGAGCGAAUUGCUAGAUUAAUUGUUAACUUUGCGAAAGCACAACCAUAGCUGUCGUGCCAAAGCAAAUUAUGCUGUGUGCUAAAUUAGUGUCUGUAUUCAAACUCUGAGAGGGAGUCAGUUUCAUGACGAAGGGAUUCUUAUGAUAUCAUCAAAUCUUGACGAUGUUGCAGGUAUGUUGCAUUCCCUACCGACAAAGGCAGUGUAAAUUGUUCGGCCUCAUUUAUUCUUAUAUUUCAUAAUUGUUGUUACUCUAAUCCAAAUUCAAUUUAUCCUGGGUUUCACAGUACCAUAUCCUUACUUGUGGAAGUAAUCAAAGUGAUACACAUCAUGUGUACAUCACAUCGGGCUUUCCUCCCAAGUAAUGCUGAUUCGCAGUAAAAUUCUGUCAAAAGUGGCGAAAAACCCCGCUCACUCAAACCCAAAAUAUUUUUUUUCUUUCAUAUAUACUCAAAGGCACAGUAACUGUAAUCAUUUUCUCAUUCAUCAAUCUGCCGUAUUUAGAAGCCCUUAGUUCCAAGCUUCCCUUUCUUCGAAGAUUGAAAGUGGACUUGGUGUUUAUUAGUAUUCCAAGAUUAAAACACUUCACAUUAUUUUUUUUGUUCCCUACACAAGCGAUAGGCAAUAUUACAGGUUAUUUUCAUUUCCAACUAGACACGUUUGUUUGUUUUUGUUUAACGCCGCAAUUAAAUAUGUACAGCAGUUUGAAACUAAUUCAGGUUUUGCUAUUCCUUUUACCAUGCGGCAUGAACAUGGAACUGCCCUGUCUGUCUCGUAGGUGGCUGUGAAAACAGAUGAAUGAUUACUCGGUGACGGUCACAUGAUCACUAUUGUUAUCACUUUUCUGUUACUGAUAAAUAUCACAGUUACUCAUUUACACAUUGUGUAUCAUAUUUACUCUUUUGUCACAAAUUUCAAGAUCCAAAAUGUCGCUCAGUUGUCAGGAUCUAAGAAAUAUCAGCUUCGCAUCAUGUCAGGAUGUAACACUGCAAAGAAAAUCCACAUAUACAAGCUUGUAUAUGCUUUGGAAAGAAUGUACAGUAAACUACGGUUAUAACGAACACGCUUAUAACGAACUAACGGAUAUAACGAACUAAGUUUUUAGUCCCGACUAUAUGCUGUAGUUAUGCUGUAUAUAUGCUUAUAACGAAUUACGGUUAUAACGAACUAAAAUAAGUAGUCCCUUUGAGUUCGUUAUAACCGUAGUUUACUGUAUAUCCAAAGCAUAAACAAGUUUGGAAUGAUGAGAUAUACAAAAUAUACAAGUUUGUAUUUAUGACAUAUACAAAAAUAUACAAUUUUGUAUAUAUGAUGUAUCUAAAAUUGUUUUUCUUUGUAUAUAUUAGUAAAGGGAGGUAAUUGUAAUGUAUUCGUGGUUAAUCAUUGUAUAUGUGCAAAAUGAAGUAUUUUAAGUUGAGCACUGUGUUUCUUUGUAAAUGUUGAUAAAGGGUAUGUUGAUAACUGCUGGGUAUUGUUCUAUAAUUGUUUUGUAUGUGCAAAAUGCCUAUCAAUAUUAUUGGCAAGUUUCAAAUAAAACUGAUAUAGUGGCGUGUAA